CAGGCCAAGCACGCGCCUCCACUAGCGCGUCGCUCUCUCUCUCUCUCUCUCUCUCUCCCGCUGCUGCCUGCUGCCGCCUGCCCUCGCCUCGGCGGAGCCGCCGCUCCCGCGCGCCAGGGGAGGCCGAGGCAGCGGACGAGGCCACCCUCCCUGCAGCGCCCGAUGGGAGAGGAGGCGAGGGCGGCCGCAGCGAGCCGGGGCUCCUCGGAGGAAGGAGGGGGAGGAGGGAGCAGGAGGAAGCAGGAGGGGCUCGGCGAUGGCGCCGCGGCCGCCCGAGACGGAAGCUCGUCCGGCUCUGUGCUCCAAGCUCUGCGUGGAAGGCGCGCGCCAGCCUCAAGAGACCGCCCCCGAACCACCCUCAGACGUGAUAGCGUCAACGGAGGGCCGCAUGCCCGAUGCCGGCUGCAGCGCUGCGGGGGCUGCCCGCGCCCAGGGCCCCUGGAGGGCGGACGGGGCUCGCCGCACGGGUCGCAAGGGGGCCGAAUUCGCGCGCCGCAAGGGCCGAGGCAAGGAGUACAUCAGCGGCAGCGGCAAGAGGGGGAGAGCGGCGGGAACGACGGAGGAGGAGCAUAGAGGAGAGCUGGACCGGCCACGGCGCGUCCGCCGAGGGCCGCGCCAUAACAGCCAGGCUGGUGAGCGGCGCUGCUGGGAAUCUGGCUCGUGCGACGCCGGACUCGCGCAGAACACAGCGUACAGAAAACACAGAAACGAGCCAUCACUAAGCCUACGAUCGGGUUGGCCACGAACCACCCCCACAUUGAAUACCGAAGCCUGCACCGCCGUCGGCGUGUCGAAGGGACAUGCACGAAGCGAACGGCCGUCGCCGACACAUCGCAAUGGACGAGGGCAAGUGCGCGGGGUGGAGGGGGGAGUGCCUGGAGACACGCGCAGAAGCGCGCACGUACACGACUUGAACAGAAGCACAGGGAGGAGAUGAGAGCAGCAACACUUCAAAUGCUUGAGGGCGCGAGCCUUGUGCUAGGCAGAAGAAACCGAGCCCAGGCGGGGCCCGGCAGACUCAGCGCACGCCGCCGACGUCGGAGAGACC